AAAAAAAGGAGAAAUUAAGACAAACUGAAGCUCUGAAAUGGCUUUUCGGAGAAGAAACAAGAGCUAUCCUUUCUUCAGCCAGGAGUUCCUCAUUCAGAACCAUGCAGACAUCGUGUUUACUCUGGUGAUCUUUAUUUUAAUUGGCCUGAUGUUUGAGGCAACUGCAAAAACAGCCAUUCUCUUCAUUCAGCCUCAGUACAACAUCAGCACAGUAACUGCAGAUGCAGAGCUGACUCUGUACCAUUACGGUUGGAAAGACUGUGCUACCGUGCUGUUCUAUCUCUUCAUCACCAUCAUCCUGCAUGCUGUUGUUCAGGAGUACAUACUGGAUAAAAUGAACAGACGUCUCCACCUGUCCAAGAGUAAGAACACUAAGUUUAAUGAGUCCGGUCAGCUGUGUGUGUUCUACCUCGUCUCCAGUGUAUGGAGUCUCUACAUCCUAGCUACGGAGGGCUACAUUCUCCAUCCAAGCAGCUUAUGGGAAAACUACCCUCAUGUGCACCUGAGGUUCCAGGUGAAGUUUUUCUACCUGACCCAGCUGGCAUACUGGCUCCACGCUCUGCCUGAGCUCUACUUCCAGAAAGUACGCAAGGAGGAGAUUCCUCGCCAGCUGCGGUACAUCUGCCUGUACCUGUCUCACAUCUUGGCAGCAUAUCUCUUAAAUUUGACUCGUGUGGGUUUGGUGCUGCUGUUCUUGCAGUAUCUGUCUGAGACAGGCUUCCAUCUCUCCAGACUCACCUACUUUGUUGAUGAAACCCAUCACAGAAUGUUUGAUAUGUGGUCAGUAGGGUUCGUGGUGACCCGGAUGGUAUCUCUCACGCUCAUGUUCUUGUCCGUCGGUUUUGGUCUGACGCGUUCGGAGAACCAGACGCUGGACUGGGAGGCCGGAAACUUCAACACACUUCCCAUCAGACUGCUGGUGCUGUUCCUGGUAUGUUCUACACAGUCAUGGCUGCUGUGGAAGUUUUUCUGUUUCCAGUUGAGGCGUACGCGCGAGUAUAGACUAGAGCAGGCCAAAAAGAGAGCAGCCGCCAAGCAACAGAUCCCCCGCUCACUCAAACGUGAAUCAGUCAGUCACCAUGAGAACGGCUCGCUGAAGACGGAGAACGGCACGUCACCCAGACUGAAGAAGCUUAAAGCUCCGUAACCCUGCUCCUUUUAUCAGACCAGCGUCCUUUUAAAGGACAGGAACAGGAAUUGGUCCGCCACUUUCUGCUCCGAUCUUCAGAGGACUGAUGGUGCUAUGACAUUCCUCGGAGGAUUUGCCAUCUGAAAGUAUUGGCACCCUCAACAGCCCAUGCUCACUUUGCUUUUCUACUUCAUCAGUAUUUGUUACAUUUUUUGUAAGUCUUGUUGUUAAUUUGCUGUUUUUGUUAGUCACGUCUUCAUUUCCCUUCAGCCUUUAUAUCCAAAAGCCAUGUUUAUUGAACAGCACUGUACUGGCCAGACCUGGGAGGAUUAAACAUGCUACCGUGGGCUUGGAACGAUACCCAGAAUUACAGGUCACCCACAAAGUGGGGAAAUUAAAAAGGGAGGAUUUCUUGAUUUUUGCAUGUAGUGGCUUUUUUGCUUCAGUCCCAACCCAGAGAUAAGACAAAGGCUUGUUUUCUAUGUGUACGGUUGGUAUGUGCCAACAGUGCUAGAGGGAUAACUGAAUGUCCUGGUUAGAUCUCGUUUUGAUAAAUUCACUGUAUGUUUAUACUAGGCUUGUGCCAAUAUUAUGUUUCAGAUGACAUUACAAGAGCAUUACAAAUGCACACAAUUUCCCAGGUUCAGAUGUGCUUGAUCAGCUGGGACAGGUCUGGUGUCCAGUUCUUUGAGUUUUGCACUCAAGGUCUGAUGCUACUGUUCAUAGAUUUGUGGGUCUGCUGCCACCCAUAUACAUUGUGCGCAAGGUGGGAGAAAUAAACUAAACUGGGAGCCAGUCCGUUGCAGGGCAACACAAACACUCAGGAAACUGUUGUACCUGGAGAAGCUGGACACAGAGAGGAUGCAGACAGAGCAUAGCGUGCGCUGUCAUACGUUUUAAACCUUUCUGCAAGGCUCAGAGGUCAGCUGAACGUAUUGAGGAGGCACGUGCUAGCCAGCAUGGGUGUUGUGCAUGCGACUGAGGUUGAGUGCAAAAGAUAAAUGGAUAUGUCUCUAAAUUUUUAGAAAACACAGUUGUAUCAUGAUAUGAAAGAUGGAGCCUGAAAACAACAUAUUUAAGAUUGCUUGUUGUUUGCAUUUCCUGACGUUUAUAGACAUGCUGCCGAGGGCCAGCGUUCCAGUCUCAUGUGGCCAGGAAUAUGCCCCUUCAACCUGGUACCGCCAGAGCAAAACAAAAGUGGCACAUCAGACAUGUCUGGGCUGAUCAUUUACAUUGGAGUAAAGGGGAAAACGUGGUUCAUUUUAUUUUUUUCACCAAUCUACUUCUUUCACAAGGUGCUAAAGUGGCAUGUGUGCCACCCUUCAUGACGACCUUUGCCUUCCUCAGUAUGUUUUUAAAUGUUAGACCCUAAUGAUUCAGCAGGUCUGCUUUGGUUUGUUGUCUAGCUCUUGUGUGCAACUCUUAUCUAACCAUUACUUGAAAUCUAUCACAAAGUGAAGAGACCUAGACAUCUCAUCUUCAAGGUCCAUUUUUCCUAAAAAGUUGCCAAUUGCAUGGGUGCACAUGCCACUCACAACCAACCCUUUACUCUGUUUUUUUUUUCUACUUUUAUAUGUACUUAUUCAAAAAAGUUUCUGAACCCUUUGCAAAUAUGCAUGAAAUGUGAUCUGGUCUUCAACUAAGUCAUAAUAAAUCGUAAGUCUUAUUUAACAA